GAACAAAAUUUGAACGUUCGCCUUCCGGAAACUACUCUCGCAUUCGCAAACUGAGAACUGUAUAUGUACAAUUAUUAAUAAAACUUGCAGACUUCUGCGUAGAUAGUUUUAAAUACCGGCAAAGUCCAUUCAUUGGAAUCCAGAUUUAAAUUAUAUAUUAUUUAUACGGGAGAAUUAUUUCUUCCAACUCUUCGUUCUAAGAUGGCUAGUACGAAAUUGCGACACGCGGCUUUGAGUUCUCCGAAACAACUUUAUAAGUUUUUAAUACGAGAAUGUGAAAGGCUACCGAAAGAUGCGCAACAGUAUUAUAAACAUUCAAUUAAACAGAGUUUCAAACAACACGUGAUUGAACCAGAUAAGGAACGUGUACAACAAAUUAUGGAAAAGGCAAUGCAUGAUGCAGAAUGGGUUAUAAAUAAGUACGUUAAAACGGGAGAACAGAAAAGGCCUCAAAAAUAGUGAAUUUAGUACUUAUGUUUCUAUUGUAUAGGCAAGUUAUGUAAUUUAUUAAUGUUUUUAGCAAAAAAAAGCUUUAAACAAUUUCG